GACCCCAAAUUAAGGACUCCAUUGGAGAUAUGCUCUAACAUUUUAACCUCCACGAACCCUAAUCAGAGAUUCAAACGAAUCAGAACUAGUUAUCACCUCACCCUCGAUCGCGUCCUGAUUCUCCCUUUGUUCGCAUCGUUUUCCCUUCCGAUUUCUCCAGAGCGAUUCGUAUCUUGCACGGGACCAGUGGAUUCAGAUCAAGGGCUGUUCCGGUUGAUUUGAUUGAUAUUCAAGGCGUUAUAUUUAAACCUAAGACUUGAAGGGAAACUGCCGUUCUUGGCCCGGCAGUUUAAACAAUUUGAUCCAGAUUCAAGUUUGCUUACUCUUUUUCUCGUAGAUUUUUCUAUACUUCCCAUGGCAUAUCCCUUCUCAGAUUUCAAGUACUCAGAUGGCCUCACUGUGGUGGGUAUAUCCUUUUGCACAGCUAUUGUUUGUGAGGCCAUCUCAUGGGUUCUUAUCUACCGUACCAAUUCGUACAAGAACCUUCGGUCCUCCAUAGACAAAGCCUCUAAGAAACUUGAGACAAUGAAGACAGACAGCCAGAAAAUUAACAUUAAGAAGUCGAAGACCAAAAAAAUUGACCGUGUUGAGACAAGCCUCAAAGAAUCAAGUCGUGACUUGUCUCUCUUCAAGUUCAAGUCUGGGGGUGUGGUAGCUCUGGUUCUCUUUGUGGUUUUUGGGCUGCUGAAUUCACUCUUUGAAGGAAAGGUAGUUGCUAAAUUGCCCUUCAAGCCUUUUGGUCUUGUUAUGAAGAUGAGUCAUCGAGGGUUGCAAGGUACUGAUCCCACUGAUUGUUCCAUGGCAUUUCUAUACUUCUUGUGUUCCAUUAGUAUCAGAACAAAUUUGCAGAAGUUCUUAGGUUUUGCACCGCCAAGGGGUGCAAGUGCUGGCCUCUUCCCCAUGCCAGACCCGAAGACCAGUUGAUUGGAUUUAGUGUUAUAUUUGAGCUGUUUACUUGUUAUUUCUAGGUUUAAGAUAAUUUUGAGCUGCAUAACCUUAAUCAACUUCAGUUAUUUGAUUUGGUUUGGUUCCCUUAAGGAUGAUUUAAUCAGGUAUUAACUUCAGUUUUUCAAUUGUGAUUUGCUUGUUUUUUUUCCUUCUUAAGUCCAAUAAAGAGCCCUUAUCUAUGUUAUUGUGGAAAAGGAAGUUCUUUCAUUUGUUCCCUCUCCAUUCCCCAUAUCCAAUAUUUUCUCACAAGAGUAGAUAAAGUUGUAAUUCUAAAUUAGUUAUAAAUGUCAUAUUUAUUAUUCA